AUGCCUACGAGUACAGCUAGCGUUGAUACGGGGAACACCAACUACACAGAAGCCCAAGAUAGAAAGCCAGAGACUGAUUUAGACAAGCUGGAUGAAAACUUAAAGAAACUAAGUGCCACCAGCGGUCCAAGGGAGUCACAAGCUGGUGAAAAGGAUCCAGCAAAUAAGGAUACAAAAUUUGAUGUUGAUAAAGUUGAAAUUGACGAUGUGAUAGCUACUGGAGAAGAUAUUAACGUAACUUCAUUGGUAUCAGAUACCCCUACCAAGAAUUUGAACAAAAAUGUCGAAACCGAAGAAGCCAAACAGACUAACCUUGAAAUCGAAGCUGAAGACAACUCAGAAUCUGAAGUGAGCUGGUCUGCGUAUGCAGAAGAUUCACAUACUGAUGCGGGAGCCAACAUUAAGGAAGAAACGGAACUUGAAGAAAGUCCGGCUGCUGAAACUAUCGAGAAACUCCACGUUGACGAUCUAACAGGCAACACCAUCCAAGAAGAGCUUCCAAUUCUGGGAGACAACGAAACGUCAGUUUUGGCUCACAGUACGGAACACCAUGCACUUCAGGACCGGCCACCACCCUUACCCUCUCGUAAGCACAGCAACGCCCCAAAGGACAACCCACAGCCUAUUCAUGCAGUUCCUCCCCCACUGGCGGAGGAAUUGAAAUCUGAAACAUUUCGUAAUUCGGUCGCUGCGUUGAGUGCAUAUUCAGGACCACCACCUGUGCCGCCAAGAACAAGCCACAAGCGAUCUGUAAGCGCGGAUUUCGACCUGGUUUUGAGUAGGUUCCAAGAAAAUGAGGACGAGUAUAUGUCGAAGGACGAUACCACGCAAGAAAAUCUGCAAGAAGGUGCUCGAGUUUUAAAAUCAAGCUACACUGCCUUCUUAGAGACCGUGGAACCUUCUCAGGGACUCUCACCUCAGAAAGACAGUUUUGAUGAAGAGGUUCAUGAGCUAACAACUGUUGACUGGCCAUUUUGGACUCGACUUGUUAGUAAUUACGCAGAAGUGGCCAAGAAAGAUUCUGUCAAACUUGAACAAGAAAUUGCGGGUGGGAUACCGCCACAGAUUCGUGGCAUAAUCUGGCAACUUUUGUCUUCAUCAAAGUCCAAAGAGGUUGACGCCGAAUACGCAAGGCUCCAAAAACUUGAGUCUACGCACGAAAAGGCUAUAGAAAGAGAUCUUUCAAGAACGUCAUUCAUCCCCCAAGACAGAUUACGGUCAUUAUUCGAAGUCCUGAAAGCGUACUCUUUGCAUGACCCAGAAAUUGGAUAUACUCAAGGGAUGGCGUUUGUGGCCACUGCCUUGCUACUUAACGUGGAUACUGAAUCAGAAGCUUUUGGACUUUUGAUUAGCCUCAUGAUGGGUUACGGUUUAAGAGAAUUGUUUCUGCCAAACAUGCCGGGUUUACAUCUGAAACUGUAUCAGUUCGACAGACUGAUAGAGGAAAACUCGCCACUGCUUUAUAACCACCUAGCAAGACAAGGAGUCAGAUCAUCAAUGUAUGCUUCGCAAUGGUUCUUGACUUGCUUUGCUUAUCGGUUUCCGCUGUGCUUUGUCCUCAGAAUACUAGACGUUGUCUUCGUCGAGGGGCUUGAAGCAGUACUGAAGUUCGCGUCAGUACUGCUUCUCAAAAAUGAGAAAGUUCUGAUGACCUUGCAGUUCGAGCAGCUACUGGAGUUUUUGAAAAACGGUCUCUUUGAAUACUACCUCAAAACGCCCGAAGCUUCCAAAAAUGGUACCGUGCUUCGCAAGCUGAAUUCUCAAGAAGAAAAAGAAUCGCUUACAGAACAAGACUACGCUAUAAAUACGUUUGUGAAAGACGCCAUGCAUGAGAUAAUCAUCACUCCCAUAUCUCUUAGAAGAUACAUCGCGGAAUAUGAAGAGAUACAUCUAUUAGAAUCUCAGAAAGAAGCGCAAAUGGACACACUGCGUAUCAAGAACAGGCAAUUGCACAAUGAGGUCCGCAAGCUUGAGCGCGAUCACACCGUACUAAACCGGGAACACAUAAACAUUGCCAAUGAGCUGAUCGAAAAUAGGCUACAACUAGAAACCCUCCAGGAUCAAAACCAAGACCUUCAAUCGGAGGUCAAGCUGCUCAAGCUUCAACUCCGCGAGGAGGUACGGAAACAGACAUUGCCCAAUCCAGAUUCUCAAUUACCAACAGACUUGCGCGUCGAUCUGAAAGAAACUAUGGCUCGCAACCUGGAAGUCAUGAAUACCAAUCAAGAAUUACAAGAAAGAAUUGUUGAGUUAGAGCAUCAACUUUCGAGCGCGAAACGUGGAAGAUUUCAGCCUGGAACCGCUACAAAUAGUGGUAACUGGAAGUCAUUACGAAAGGUUUGGAAAUGA